AUGGAUCUUGAUCUGCAGCUAAAAAAAAUUGGUAAAAUUUUCACUGUUUGAUGGAUUGCAUCAUCCAUUAGAGCGAUCAAAUCUUUAUGGAAUGAUUACCCGGCUCUUUAUUCGUAUUUUAAGAAACUUUCAGAGGACAAGUCAAUUAAAUCUACCGUGCAACGUACCAGGGGAUUGUGAAGAAGCUCUCAACAAGAGAAUUUGUUGAAGAUGUGGCAAUUGUUAAGGACUGUUUAGCCCAACUAUCCUUGCUAUCAGAAGCCUUAUAACGGCAACAGACAAGCUUAUUUGAAGAAAAUAGACAUCUGCAAUGGACAAUAAACGCACUGUUUCGAAUUAAAGAAGCAAUUCAGGAAGGAAAGUACACGUUCCAAUCGACAACUGGAGAUAACGCUGGAUUUAAAGGGGUUUCCUUGGAAACUUUCUCGUCAAGAAAAGGGUAUGUGUCCUUCGAUCGGAAGCAGUUUAUCCAGGCAUUAAUCGAUAAUAUCAAUGCAAGGAUGAUCAACCCUAAUAAUGAGGCAGUGAUAAACCAAUUGGAAGCACUUAUUCCAGAUAAGUGGCCUACAGGGGAAUGUCCACCUUGGUCAGAAGGAGAAAAAGCAAUAACAGCUAUUUGUCAAAGGUUUCAUGUGCCUGAAUGUGGUAUCAUACCAGCCUAUCGUAAAUAUUUCAACGAUCCUCGAAGGAUACCCAGGAUUAUUAACGAGAAACUAAUACAAAGCAUUUUGUAUAUAUUCCCAUCAGUUCCUCCGAAGCGGCCGGAAAGAGGUUCUCGCAAAUGA